AUGUUGGAAGGUGAAAGAGAUGGGAUUGAAUUAUUAGAAACAAUUUCGAAAUAUUGUGUAAAGUUAACACAUUUGUCAAUUUCUUUAAUAAUAAAUGAAAUACCCGAGAUAUUAUUCAGUUUAUUUGAUUCACUUAAAAAUUUAAACCAUUUAUCAAUCUAUACAAACUCGGCAGAUGUUCCAUUUACCUCAACCGAAAAUUUAUCAACAUUUUCUAGAAAAAUUCCCAAAACUUUAAAAUAUUUUGGGUUUGAUUUUUUAAUUUCUCCUGAUAUAUUAGAUUUUUUCCUAAAAGAAUGCAGAGCUUCGUUACAAGCAUUAGCUAUUUACAGGAGCGAGAUGGUUAAUGAAGAAUUAUUAAUUGUCAUUGAAAAACAUUUUAAAGAGAAAAAAUCUUUAAAACGAUUAUUAAUAGAUCCUCUUGAUUGUGAUUUCCAAAUGAAUAAAUACGAAAUACCAAUCAUUUCACGCACAAUCGAUCCUUGUUAUCCUUUCAGCGGACCUUCCACAAAAGAAUAUGAAAACAAAUGGGAUAAAGAUAUUUUUGUUGAUUUCGAUAAUGAAUUAUGA